AGAAAUGGCGGAGAGGCGGGACGCAGCCCUCGGUGCUUCCGAGCGGAGGCGCCGCGCCCGCCCUCCGCGGCCCGACAGCCGCGGUCAGCGCGGGCAGCAGCAGCAGCAGCACUCCCGCGAUGCGGAGCGAGAUGUGAAUCAAAACACGAGGCCAUCCAGCAGUGGACCACUGUCAUCCCUCCGAGCGGCUCUGAAGAGAAGCACGUCAAAUAGAGCUCCCUCGCCUGCAGAAAGGCGCCCACACCCGCCUCACAGGAACUCGGACACACCUGACUUAUCAGACUUUCAAACAUACUACUCGAGAGAAGACUACGAAGGAUUUUACGCACCUUUUGAACUGCCCCCGUCGUACGAGGAGGCCGUGUUUGGCGUCCUCCCCACGCCAGACCUACAGCAGGGAGCGCAGGCCCUGCAAUACGAGACGAUCUCAGAGAGCCGGCCCAGGCAGAGGCAGGCUCUCCAGCCCAACCAGGCCUCCAGGCAGAUCCAGGCUGACUUGCCGGAGCAGCAUUCUCCCAGGCGAGAGCAGGCUCGCAGGCCUGAACGAGCCCCCAGACCCUCCGAGGCUCACGUUGAGGAGCAGCAGACCUCUGGACGAACACAUGAUAGUGCCGUUCCUAGGUCCGGCUUGGUUUCCAUAUCAACGCAGACUGCUGCAGAAGAUAUCGGCGAACAGGAACUAGAACUACGACGAUCCUCAACCGCUACCGCCUCGGCACCCCCGCGUCCACCUCCUCCCCGCCUGACCUUUGACCCGGUCGUCGUGACGCCACUGCUGCCGCCCCCACCCGCCGCCACCUCACCUCGGAGACCUGAUCACUGCCUCCUGGACCUGCCGUUAGAGGCGGAGGACCGCCUCGGCGUUCUCCCUGCCACCACCGUCGCCUCCCAGGCACCAGUCGCCUCCUCGCUCGAGUUGCUAAGCGCCCGUCCGGUUGGCGACCGUGGCAGCGUGUGGCUCAUCAACUUUUCGGAGGACUCGGAGGCCACUCCACCCCUCGUGCCAACCACCUCGACAGUGUUGGCAUCACCUGCUCCUCCUCCUGUAGUGACCUCUGUUCCUAGACCGCGACCACGACCACGACCGUCGGUGGCCGCCAGGACCUUGCCGGAGUCGCCCUCCAACAUCCCGACAUCCCUAUCCCUCUUUCCCGUGUCAUUUGAUUUAGAACCUGUUGGGACCCAGACGUCAACACUCAGGUCUUCAGAAUCAAAGUCCACCUUACAUCCCUCAACAUCAAUAUCGAUACCAGUAUCCUUGACUUUAAUCUCAGAGUCUUCAACAUCACCCCCAGUAUCAAGGGCGACUUUAGGAUUCACAGCAUCAACACUAAGUUCCUCAACAUCAAACUCGGAGUCAUCGGCAUCAACACUCGAUUCUCCAACAUCAAGACUUGGCUCCUUGGCAUCAUCUUCAAGAUCAAGGUCGACCUUGGAAUCUUCAGCGUCUCCUUUAAGUUACUCAACUUCAACCUCGGAGUCAUCAACUUCACCCGAACCACCAACCCUCGUGACCAGCGUCUCCCACCUGCAGUUGUCUCCACCGUUAACAUCGUCUUUGUCUCCUCGAAGCACACAAUCCCCGGCUCGUGCCUGCCCAGUCCCCUCACCUCGUCACAGGGAGGUCUCACGACCUCCUCCUCCUCGCUCCCCCCCAUCAUCGGCAUCAUCACCGACGUCGUCGCCAGUAUCGCCAUCUCAAACAAUGAGCUCGGACGGUGUCCGCAGUGUGGCGGAUAGGGCUGCUUUUUUUGCACAGCAAGCAUCAUCAUCACCAUCACCAAAGCCCGUGCCACGACCCCGAUCUCAAACCAGGUUCGGCAAUGGUGAAUCUCGUGUCGGCGAUGCCGCGCCGCUCAAACCAAAACCCAAUGUCCGUCCCAAGAGCUGUGUGCUGGUGCUACCCCCGGUGGAUGGCACCAGCAUCAAUGGAGGCGGUGCCAAGGGAUGCCGUGAGGACGACGCGCGGCGUCCGUCCGCUCCGUCGUCAUCGGUUGCGGACGCCGUCUCCUCCUUCUCCGCAAUGGCAUCGACGAACUCGUGCGGUCGCCCGCUGAUGCCUCAAGGGCCAAAGCCCAUGGCCCUGCUGCCGUCGAAGCCUUUGCCGCCUCCGAAGCCCGGGGCGAAGCAGGCUGGCUCAGCGGUGCCGGCGAUGCAAGGCGGCAGUAUUCAGGACUUGUACGCUGUCGUGAAUAAGCGGCCAGCCGGAACGGCGGCGGCAGCUGCGGCGAUAACGCAAGGUGGCGGUGCUGCGGACUUGUACGCGGUCGUGAAUAAGCGGCCAGUGGGAGCGGCUGCGGCCGCUUCAAUGGAGCGGCCUCAGGUGGAUCCCGCAUCAUGGUCAGAUGAGGAGCGAGAUGAUAGUGCCAGUGGAGGAACGAAACACGACUAUGCGUCUUUGCGCAAGACACUGGAAGGAUAUUCCACGAGUGAGACUCUGCCUUUGAGGAAACCGACCAUAAUUCGGCCAACGGCAUCAGAUGUCGCAAAGGUUCCCAGGAAACCAUCUCAGUUCCAGGCGUCAACGAGGUACGGGUCUUCGCGCUCACUGGAUGAGCUUGGAGAUAACAAUCGAGCAAGUGAAAGCCGGGCAAAUUUUACAGACGACCUUUCCCAGUGCCUCAAAAGGCCGAGCACCCAGAAGGUCCCUCCUAAGAAGCCGCCUCCUCCACGGCCUAACUACUUGCCUGGAAACACGAGGGGCCCGGCCCGAACCGACGCAGCACCAAGGGGGCGCAGCCGCGAACGGAGGGGCAACGAUGUGAAUAACGAGGGCUCCGAGGAUCAACAGGGGGACCUGCCCCCAAGACCGGGUCCGGGGCACCCCCUGUACAAUACCUACAUGCUUCCAAUGCCCCAUGUGCUCACACGCGUGGAAAACCAAGCAAAGGCACCAAAUGAGCUGUCUUUUAAGCCGCACGAGGUGCUGCCCCUGGUGUCGGAGCAGGACGGCGUGUGGCUGCAGUGCCGCCGUGGUGACCGUGUGGGCCGCGUGCGCCGCUCUCUCGUGAACAUUGUCACGCCGCUCGACGGCGCCGUCGACGGCGGUGACGACGGGAGAGGCUCGGCGCAUGGCAAUUCCCCGCGUGCGGAGGUGCUCUUCGACUUCACAGCCGAGGGCACCGGAGAGUUGUCCCUGGCGGUGGGAGACACCGUGCGCCUGCUUGGCCGUGAACCAGGCGGGGAGUGGCUCCGUGGGGAACUGCGCGGGAAGACCGGAAUUUUCCCCGCAUGCUACGUCAGAGUGCUGGUGGAUGUAGAAGACAAUGACGAAAUUUCCAGUGGGCCACGCUGCUUGGUGCGCUUCGCGUUUGAGCCGGGCCAAGAGGACGAGCUGGCACUGGAGGAAGGCGCUGUGGUGGCGCUGUGCGCGCGUGACCCUGGCGGGGAGUGGGCACGCGGGCGGCUCCGUGACGGCCGCGAGGGCCUCUUCCCGCUCGACUUCGUGGAGAUCCUAGAGGACCUCCCGCUCGGCGCAGGUGAGGAGAAGCCUCAGGUUCAGGCACUUUACGACUUCGUUGGCGAAGAUGUCAAGGAGCUCAGCUUCAAGACUGGUGAUGUGCUGACCAUCCUCGGAGCUGAGGACUUGGAGUGGCUCAAAGGGGAACUAAAUGGCAAAGUCGGGAUUUUCCCAAGAAACUACGUCACCGAAAUCUGACCAAGGGACACGCAGCCCUCGAAGGAACAGCUGAUGGCAUCAGGAACAACUGAAUCCGCAAAGUAUAGCUGAUUUCACAAGGAUUGUAUCCAGAUCAGGCUAUUGAUUCAACUGGACACGCAUGCUCCAUCUCACGAGAAUUGGUUUCCGCAAUCUAAUCAAGAUGAUGCAAAUAGAAAGUGUUGCUACGAACAACCAAACUCACAUCCUGACCGGAAGAACUUGAUCUCAGCUGGAACAGCUGAUCCCAUUUGGAGUGGGGUCAGCUUAUCCUAUGAAGAGGCGUCAAACUUAGGGGAGCGGCUUGAUACCAGAGAGGCAGUUCAAGUAGUUGUCCGGACAAAUGACGGGCCAACUUUUCUAAAAUUGUGUGGUCUGCACGCUUAUUCGUUACAUUCAUAGUAUUGCAUUUUAAACCAUAUUCACAUUUAAAUGAAACAAAAAUCGCAGUAAUUCUUAAAGCGAGUAAAACUUUAAGUGCAAUUAUUAAUUAACGUGGGUUGCUAAGUAAUUUUUACUCGCGCACGUAUUUCUUAACACGACUAAACAUGUUUUAUGGCAUGGGUACGAGGUAUUCUUCCAGCAGUAGAGAGAGCACGACCAGUCCGAGUGCAUUCUUGCCGAGCUAUUUCAAAUGAAAUUCGUUAUUGCCUUUCUGUUUCACUUUUAAAACUCAACACUAAUUUGCAAUUCCACAAAAGUAGAGAAGUAUCAUAACUUGCCAAUAGAUUUAGCACGUAAUUUGUAAUAACAAUUUCUUUACUCAGGAGAGCCUCGCUGAUUCACAUUACUCUUUUUCAGGAGGGUCCUGCCAGGUUUUCAUAGUAGGGGGGCAAUAAUUACUAUCAAUAGUCUCAAUUGAGUAAUUUGCUAUUACUUUAUCAAUAUUGGCAAGAUUGAAUCAUGUCCUGCACACAAUUCCCCACUCUUGCAGAGGACGUCACGGGAUAUUUGACGUCCGUUUUGAAACAAAUGGUUAAUGUUUUCAUAAAACACCCACAGUAAUAACCAGGGCGGCAACUGGAUUCGAACCGUGAAUCGGCAAUAAACAGCCAACACGCAACCGCCAGCACAUGUCACCGCUCGGGGGCACGUCACCAAACAGAAUGACACAAUGUCAGAUUAUCCAGUGAACAUUCCCAUGUUAAGCUCUGCCUGUGUUGAGCUGCUGAUUCUUGAAUCGGCGCAGAGUGUGACGGUGCUGCCGACUUUCUGAAGCCGGCAAUGAAAUGACAACUGCCUGGAGACUGAGCUUCAUCCAAGCCCCGAAAAUCGCCCUCACCCCCUCUCUCAUUCGGGAGUCUCGUUCUCAAUCUCACAAACCUUUGACGUCUCUCAACACAGCACAAACCACCACUUCCCCUCCACUCUUCCCCACUCGGCACAUCUGCUCGCACCCCCGGACACUUCCCCCUUACUCCUCCACUUGCGGUGCACUCCUUUCCUUGUGUCGCACCACUUUCCUUGUGUUGCCACACUUGCUCCGUUCACUUGCACGUCGCUGUCACUCCUCCACUUUGCGUUGUCCCCUACCUCUCUUCGCCCCGGAGCCUCGUGUUACGUCUCUCAAGAGCACAGAGUGUGAUCGCACAGCACGCAUACAAAGCACGACGGUACGCACAAGCUUUCACAAUUGCAGUAUCUGCCCUUUUUUGUUAUGGUGGUGUUUGGGUUUAAAUGGCGAUAAUUUGUACAUUUUUUUAAAAAGCAGUCUUGGUGAACGUUACGGGAGUGUGGGGAAUGCUUUUGACAAGUGUCGAGUCUUUUUCAUUUGAAACCCCCCCCCCCCCCCCCACGGGCAUUGUGUUACCCAAAGCAAACAUGAACAAUAUCAAUGGGGACAGUUGUGCUAUAAAUUACAAGACAAAACUAAUGCUAACAUUGAAAUAAACGUCACUAUAGUCUUGGUA